CUGAAAUUUAACCCGUAGAAGAAGACAAACUUUGACCGGAAGAGAGUUCUGGCAGUUGCAGUAGAGAGAUGCAGUGUGCUGGAGGCAGCGCUCAUCAGCCUCAUCCUCUGUUUGGAGGAGCGCUGUCAGCCGUCCUCCCUCACAACGCCAAAGACAUCAGUGAGCUGAGGGAGAUCCCGGACAACCAGGAGGUGUUUGCCCAUGAACACACCGACCAGAGCCUGAUCGUGGAGCUGGUGGAGUACCAGGGUCAGGUGGCAGACCAGGACGCCGCCCGUUAUCACUUUGAGGACAUCGCAGGCAGUAACGAAGCUCUAGAGCCAGGUGCUUUUGAAGUGCCCGGUGCUGUGCCGCUACCCAAAUCUGAGCUGUCCCUGUCAGACUGCAGCUCAGCCUGGAUGCUGACCGGGACACAGUGUGUGUCCAAGUUCAACGAAGAAGCGAGGAACACAGUGACCCUUCACCUGGGUCUGUUCCGUCUGCCACAGUUCUCCACAGAUGUCUUGAUAACCUUCAAUGACCCGCAGAGCAUCAGCCCUGACAGCAGCAGUGCUGCUUCAGCAGAGACACACAGAGAGCCAUGGACGGUGCAGGACUUUGAGCGCAUGUUGCAGACUCUGACUCUGCACAACCCAGGACUGUUUGGGUGAAACAACUACAACUCUCUCAGCGUGGGACAUUUAAAUAUAUUGGGACUAUUUACUUGCCCUCAAAGUGUUUAAGCAAUUCAAUGUCGCGGUCGUCCUGCCCCUGUCCCUGUCAUGACACAUAUGUCCAGCUCUGCGUUUGAUGCUACCUUGUUCUGACAUCCAGAAACUAACUGAAAACAAAACCUCUCAUUAUAUAAAUAUAGUUUUUACAUAAUAAAUGUUUUGGAUGGAAAA